AUGGGUAUCAAGCUGGUAGCAAUCCUUCUUGUUGGGGUCCUCGCUGGAGCCCUCCCGGGCCCGGCGCUGGCUCAAAACUGCGGUUGCAGUGCAUCUGUGUGUUGCAGCCAAUAUGGGUACUGUGGGACGACCAAGGAUUACUGUGGCGCUGGCUGCCUGGCGGGCCCCUGCUAUUCGUCUUCAUCUGGUGGGGGUGUUUCUGUGUCUGAUAUUGUGACCGAGGAUUUCUUCAAUGGAAUUCUUGAUCAAGCAGGUCAGAAAUGCCCCGGGAGGAGCUUCUACACGCGCAGCGCCUUCCUUCGUGCCGUCAAUUCGUAUCCGGGGUUCGGCCAGGGUGGUUCUGCGGAUGACUCGAAGCGGGAGAUCGCCGCUUUCUUCGCUCAUGUCACGAGUUUGACUGACCACUUUUGUAGCGUUGAGGCAACAAAUAGGAAUUCCUCGGAGAAUUUUUGUGACACGAGCUCCACAAAGUAUGAUUGUGCGCCUGGGAAGAGUUAUUAUGGGCGAGGACCAAUUCAAAUAACAUGGAACUACAACUAUGGAGCAGCCGGAGAGAGUAUAGGGUUCGAUGGUUUGAACAAUCCCGAACUCGUGGCUAACGACUCAGUUGUGUCAUUUAAAACGGCUUUAUGGUUUUGGAUGAACUAUGUGCACCCUGCAAUAGGCCAGGGGUUUGGUGCAACGAUCAAUGCCCUCAAUCCUGAGGCUUGUCAUGGAGAAAACAAGAUGGCCAAAGCACGUCUUAACUUUUAUCAAGAGUAUUGCAACCAACUUGGUGUUUCAACCGGUUACUACUAUAGCAAAGUUCAUAUUUUUUAGUUGUGAUAUCUCGAUUUAAAACUUAGGUAAUUUCAUAAUUUAAUGUAACGAAAUAAUACAGUGGGCCAUUUGAAUACAGUAGAGUUUUAAAAUUGGUUUCGGCAUU